AUGGCCACGGAGGACGAGCUAGCAGAGCUAGCCUCUCAGCAGUACUAUGUGGACUAUGGUCCUGAGCUGCUGCAGGAGCGGCUGCUCACACUGAUCCCCUCGUACAUCCCAGACCGAGAGAUCUCCUCCGGGAAGAGCCCAGAGCGGUGGCUGUUGCUGGUGUCUGCGGCCCACAAGAAGGCCGUGCAGAGCCGCAGAAGGCCUAGCUCUCAGAAGGUGAAGGAGGACGUGGUGGACUUUGCUCGGAUAAAAUGGCCGCUGCUUUUCUCGCGCUUCUACGAAGCGUUCAAGUUCUCAGGACCCAGUCUGCCAAAGAACGAUGUGAUCGUGGCCGUGAACUGGACUGGAGUCUACUUUGUGGACGAGCAGGAGCAGGUGCUGCUGGAACUCUCUUUCCCAGAGAUAACUGCAGUCUCCAGCAGCAGAGGAGGAAAACUGCAGGGUCAGAGCUUCACUCUGGCCACCGUCAAAGGAGACGAGUACACCUUCACCUCCAACAACGCAGAGGACAUCCGAGAGCUGGUGGUCUGCUUCCUGGACGGUCUGCGGAGGAGGUCCAAGUAUGUGGUGGCUCUGACGAACAGCCCCAACACAGACUCAGCUGCAGCAGACAGCUCGUUCCUCUCCUUCUGUAAAGGAGACCUCCUGAUCCUGGACGAGCACGAGGGCGAGCAGGUCCUGACCUCCGGCUGGGCCCACGGACUCAACGACAGAACCAGGCUCAGGGGAGACUUCCCAGCGGACUGUGUGUACGUGCUGCCCGCCAUCAGCCGCCCGUCCUACGACAUUGUGGCCCUGGUGUCCAUGAGUCCGGACCAGAAGAGAGACCCUCAGCUGAGUGAGUGUGAGGAGGAGCAGAGAGCCAAGGCCUACACUCUGGAGGAGUUCUCCUACGACUACUUCAGACCUCCUCCGAAGAGCACCCUGAGCAGGAUGAUGUCAAAGACCAGAAGCAGAGAGCGGCUGUGGAGCUGCAGCCGAGAGCCGCUGAAGCUGCCGCUGCUCAAGAAGGUGAUGUCACAGGACGAGCUGUGUCACGAGGCCUGCCAGGCCUUUCUCUCCAUCUUGAAGUACAUGGGGGACUAUCCGUGUAAACGUGUGCGCUUCGUGAACGAGCUCACGGAUCAGAUCUUUGAAGCGGCGCUGAAGGCGGAGCCUCUGAAGGACGAGGUCUUCUGCCAGAUCCUGAAGCAGCUAACCGACAACCACAUCAAGUACAGUGAGGAGAAGGGCUGGGAGCUGCUGUGGCUCUGCACUGGGCUGUUCCCUCCCAGCAACGCCCUCCUGCCCCAUGUGCAGAAGUUCCUCCGGGCCAAGAAGCACUGCCCCCUGGCUCCGGACUGUAUGCAGCGGCUGCAGAAGGCGCUCCGAAACGGCUGCCGGAAGUACCCCCCUCACCUGGUGGAAGUGGAGGCCAUUCAGCACAAAACCACCCAGAUCUUCCACAAGGUCUACUUCCCCGACGACUCGGACGAGGCGUUUGAGGUGGAGUCCAGCACUAAAGCCAAAGACUUCUGUCACAACAUCUCAGCUCGACUCCUGCUGCAGUCGUCUGAGGGCUUCAGCCUCUUCGUCAAGAUCACAGACAAGGUGAUCAGUGUUCCAGACGGAGACUUCUUCUUUGACUUCGUGCGGCACCUGACGGACUGGAUCAAGAAGGCUCGACACGGCAAGGACGGGGGGCAGGCUCCUGUGCUCACGUACCAGGUGUUCUUCAUGAAGAAGCUGUGGACCAACACCAGCCCCGGGAAGGACUCCAUGGCCGACUCCAUCUUCCACUACUACCAGGAGCUGCCUAAGUACCUGCGUGGGUACCAUCAGUGCAGUCAGGACGAGGUGCUGCAGCUCGGGGCCCUGAUCUACAGAGUGAAGCACGAGGAGGACCUCAGCAGCCUCAGCCUCAGGGGCCUCAAGGACCUCGUUCCUCAGGACAUGAUCCGCCUCAUGGCCCCCGAGGACUGGAGGAUGUCCAUUCAGUCGGUGUACCACACACACUCAGGGAUGAGCAGAGAAGAGGCCAAACUCUCCUUCCUCAAAAUCAUUCACAAGUGGCCAACCUUUGGCUCCGCCUUCUUCGAGGUCAAGGUUUAUGAUCCUUGGAAGAAAGUCUUCCACGGUCCAGAGUCCCAGGCUCAUGCCCAGGUCCAAACCUUCAUUUCCUCAUCAGUGCAGAGUUAA